GCACCACCACUCACUCUGCCUUUCAUCUGAGCGAACUUUGCUAACCACUUUACCUCUGUAGGAAAGCUGCCUUGAAGUGGCACCCUGACAAGAACAAGGACAACCCGGAUGCCGCCGAGAAGUUCAAAGAGGCCUCACAAGCCUACGAAAUCCUAUCCGACCCCGAGAAGCGCAAGACCUAUGAUCAAUAUGGACUCGAGUUCCUCCUCCGUGGCGGCGGGCCACCCCCUCCCGACAGUGCUGGUGGCAACCCCUUCGGAGGGAUGCCAGGCGGCUUCAAUUCAUUCAACUUCGAGGGCGGCGAACCCGGUGGCGGUGCCCGAACCUUCCACUUUAGCACUGGUGGUGGAGGUCCCAACGGAUUCAAUUUCAACAACCCAGAGGAUAUCUUUUCAUCGUUUAUGCGCUCCCAAGGCGGCGACGAAGAGAUCCCCGGCAUGUUCUCGUCCUAUGCUGGCGGUGGUCCCCGCGGCAGUCGAAGUUCGAGGAUGAGAUCAUCUGGUAUGGGUGAACCACGGAAUCGAGACUCAACACCGGAGAUUUCUACGGUUGAGCGACCACUGCCACUGACUCUCGAGGAGCUUUACAAUGGCGUCACAAAGAAGAUGAAGAUCAAGCGCAAGACAUACGACGAAUCAGGCAAGCGUGUGCAGACCGAUCAAAUCCUCGAGGUGCCCAUCAAGCCAGGCUUGAAGAAGGGCUCAAAGAUCAAGUUCAAUGGAGUGGGCGAUCAGGUGGAAGGUGGUCGCCAAGAUCUCCAUUUUAUCGUCGAAGAGAAAGAACACCCUCUGUACAGGCGCCAAGACAACGAUCUCGUCCACACAAUCACAUUGGAGCUUAAAGAGGCUCUAACGGGAUGGAGACGGACAGUGACGACGAUUGACGGUCGACAACUCAACUUGGACAAGGCUGGACCGACCCAACCCAACGGCGAGGAGCGCUUCCCCGGGCUGGGAAUGCCCAUCUCUAAGAAGCCUGGCACACGGGGCGACUUUGUGGUCAACUACAGGAUCACCUUUCCGUCGACAUUGACGGCAAUUCAGAAGCAGAAAUUGAGAGAGAUUCUGUAAAUCUCUCAACGCGAAGACCAGGGGAGCUGGACCGAGUCCCG